CACCGGAAGAUGUCCAUAAUGAGUGACAAAGCGGUGUCCACGGAAGAUCUAUGUGGUGUAGAAAAACCGGAACAGCGGGCGAUAGGCGUGGCCCGUUUGGAAGCAAUCCUGCAUACCCUGGUCGAGAACAAGGUGGAGAGUUUGAAGACCGAAAGCAGAAGGACGCAAAGUCUCCAGAGCAGUCCGAGGAAAAUACUGAAUAGGCUGAGGUUGACUUCGUCGCCCGCAAUCACCACCAAAUAUUCAGAUCAGAGGGAAGACAGCGAGGAGGCAGUCAGGAGAGUCAGGAGGAAAAGGAAGUCCAGAAGUUCAGAGGACAGAGGAAGAAGGCACCAUAGACAUCGAUUGAAACAGGAAAUAUCAAUAUCCUCCCCAGACAGCCAACGAUACCAAUGCAGAUUGCGAAGCUGCGAUUGUUCGAGCGAAGAAGACAGAAGCAGAUCGUUAGGAGGAAUGCUUCCCUGCGAAGCAAUCUGCUUAGACAAUACGUGCUCCAGUUGUGGACCUCCCCGGAAUUGUUGCUGCAACGCUGACUAUAAUCACCCAGUGAGGAUGCACUUCGACGACGACUACAUUUCGCUGAAGAUCGACGGCAUUAACGGCGGCUCGUUGGAAACGGACGCUAUAAUCUCCGAGGAGGCGUUACGUAGGGCGCGACGUAAACGGAGACGUCGGCGGAAGAGGCGCAUGAAGAGGGCCUUGGCCAUGGGCACGUACGAUCCCGAGGCGGCCGCGGCGGUACGACUUCAUGAUCGACGUUUCAAGAUGCUGCACAGUGAGGAAGAAGAGUUGCCGCAGCCGGCACGCUGGACGAUUAUCGCAACGGCUUGUCUGCUGCUUUUUAUGUGCCUCCUCUUGGUCGCCAUAACUCUUAGGAUGGCUCCGAUUAUUGAUGAUAUGGUGCGACAAGAGAACGAAGAACUGCUGAGCUCCCUGAAUAAAGAUUAUAAUGAAACUGCCUCCGUCCGGAAUUUGACGUGAAAAUAUUUCUAAAUAUACCUUUUCACGGUCAGGAUCUUCUAAACAAGGUACAGACUUCCUUACCACUAGCAUUUAAUCUUCAUCCACAAUGUAAUUGUUAUUUUUUAGAAAUGCUAUUGUCAUUAAGGUCGGUUAUAAAAUUUGUCAAAUUAAUUGAAAUUUUAUUGUGUAAAACUCGCGUGGGUGUACUUGUGUGAUCAAGCGUAACAUAAUGCAAUUAAUUAAUGCCCCUGGGAAUACAAAUAAUUCAUGUCAACAACAAGCGUUUGGGAAGGCGAAAUGUGGAAUAAUAGGUUUUAGGUGGCACUAAUUUUAUAACUGGCACUUAACUUAUUAAUCUAUACAAGAACAAAAAGUGUAAAUUGAUUCUAAUAAUGGAUUAAAUGUUUAAGUGCUGUAAUUAACGUUACUUUUAUGUUUGACUUAUAAUAAAACAAUAUAUACGGUACACUUUUUGUUCACUAAAUGUCCAUGAAAAUCUGUUCAUAACACUACCAAUUUAACACUAUUACAAAUUAAUAAAAACAAACUAAUUAAUGCCUUAUGUGCUUUAAAUUAAAAAAAAAAAUAAUAAUAAACCGACUGUUUGAAACAACUAAAUAUUGUACCCAGAUUUUUCGAAAAUAAAUAUACCACUGAACAUGUUAAAAGAUUGAUAUAAUAAUAGACUUAGCUGCAUUUUUAUAAACCGCGUUUAUAAAAUAUUUGUACACAUUAACUUUAUACUUUUGAGAACGUUUCACAGUCGUUACAUUCAAUUUAUUUGAGUUGGGUAACCAAAAAUAUUUAACAGACAUAAAUAUUGUAUCUGUAUACGUAACCUAGUAAACGUUUAGGAUUAACUGUGUAUUUUUGCUCAAAUAAAAUUUUGUGUAUUCAGAAAUUACAAAAAGCCAUAAAAAAUAAGUUUUAGGUUUGUUUGGCUAGCGAUGAUCAAAACUGAAGCAGUCCAUCAAAAUAGUAAUGCUGUUUGUAAAUUUUUAGUUCUGUUUUACUACAUUACAGGGUAAACAAGAAGACUUUGUACCACUUUAAGUUAUUCUUUUCAUAAUAAUUAAAUUAUUCUUAGAUUUAUUUACUUCCCAUCCAGAUCCUUACUUAUCUACCACAAAAAUAGACUUUUUCUUCGGCUUCCGACACUAAAAAAUUUGUUCCUAGACACCUUUAAAUAAGUUCUCCAAAGAUGAGCUCUUAAGUUUAAUAUGAAGGUUCUCCUCAUCUCAGUUUUCCAUUUUUUCUUCAGUGCUAUAUGUCGUCAUUACUUGAUCAUAGAGAAAAUUUUUAUUUACAUUUCUUGUAGGAAAUUGAACGCUCUACAAAAAAGGUAUCUUACAAUUACUUCAUAACUCUUAUCUUUUAGAAGAUAAAAAUUCUUUUUUACUCCUAAAUUGUAUAAUCUAUAUAUAAAUAAAUAUUAUAAAAUGCGCAAUAUAUAUCUUAUUAGU